CCAAAGCCAAUUCAAAUCAAAAACAAUUGAAGCAUGGACAACAAACCAAACCCCAAUUCAAUGCGAGUCCUAAUUCGGCCACCUCUAACUCCUCAACCUUCUUCAUCUUGUUCACCAUCUCCAUCCUCUCCAUCUCCGCCGCCACCUCCGCCUCCCUCUUCUCUCUCCUCCGCAACUUCCGCCCAACCUCCGCCCCCGCAACUUCCCUCUGGCGUUGUCGUCGUCGGAUUCAUCGCCCGACGCAACUCCGACGUUUCUCAGCUCAUCAAUCGAAUCCUCGACUCCAAUGUCUUCGGUUCCGGUCGCUGCGAUACGCCUCUCGGCGUCGUUUCAGAUGAUAAUGAGGAGGUUAGUGAAGAGUUUAAGCUUUGGUUUAGUAAUCGUAGGAUUAGUUAUUAUCAUGAUAAGCAGAAGAAUUUGCUCUUUCUUCAAAUGUGUUCGAUCAAAUGUCCUGCUAUGUGUUCUGGUUCCGGUUUCGAUUCCGUUGUUGAAGAACAAGAGUUUGGGGAUAUUCAGGGAAUGCUCUUCAUGUUCACUGUGUGCCAUGUAAUUGUUUACAUCCAAGAGGGAUCACGAUUUGACACUCAGGUUUUGAAAAAUUUACGAGUGCUGCAAUCUGCAAAACAUGCUUUGAUGCCUUUUUUAAAAUCACAUAGUAUAUUGCCUUCAACUACUAGGCCUUCAUCAUCAUCUUCUCGUCCUCCUACCGCAGCAACAUCCUCUAAGAGUCCUUCCCCACGAAGAGGUACUGGCAUCUCAAAUCGAAACAGUUCUAUAUCUGUCAUGUCAACUUUAGGUUCAUAUACUGCACUAUUUCCCGGGCAGUGUACCCCUGUUACGCUCUUUGCUUUUGUUGAUGAUUUCUCAGAAAUGGUGAAUUCCAGUGCUGCGGCUGAGGAGGCAAAUGAAUCUUCCUCUAGCCAGUCAGGUUUGAGCAGCUUGGCUAGAUCAGAUUUGCCAGGGAAAGGUUCUAGUUCAGUUGUUGUACUCUCUCGCCCAGUAAAUAAAACUGAAGGUAGUUUACUUAAGAAAUUGCAAUCCUCCACUGAAACCCAAAUUCGAUUUUUGAUAAAAAAAUGCCGGACUCUUACGGGAUCUGAGAGUAGUAGUCAUGUAGGGUCCAGAAGUGGUUCAAUAACUGGUUUAGCUCCAUUACUAACCCUUGAUGCAUCAAGAGCUGUUCUGCUUUUAGAUAGCUCUGGAAUCUUGAGGCGUGAGUCUCUUGAUUUUGCCACAGGCCUUGUAGAAGAUGUUUUGAGUGGAAAGGCAACUCCUGAUGCUUUGUUGCUUGAAAGUCACAGUGAGAGUGGAAAUAAGGAUGACAUUAUGACUUUAAAGGAGUUUAUUGUUAGGCAGGCUGACAUUUUAAGAGGAAAAGGGGGGAUGGUUACAAAUGCAAACAGUGGUUCAGCAGCAGGUGUUGGUAUGGUUGCUGUUGCAGCUGCAGCAGCAGCUGCAGCAUCUGCUUCUUCUGGAAGAGCAACUAGUGUUCCUGAGCUUCCCAGUUUAGAAAUGUGGUUGUCUUCCAGCCAACUAAUUUUAAAGGGAAUUUUGUCUGCAAAACCCGGUUCUGUUGAUGAAACUGAUUUAAAUAGAAGGAAACUCCGGCAACGUAAUGGUAUCCCUCCUCUUGUUGAAGGGAUCGCUCCUAAAGGUGCUGAUCCACCUAGCACUGCACUGUCUCUGUUGGAGAGUGGCAAGGGGAUCAAUAGAAAAUUUUCGGCUUUAUGGUGCCAAAAAGCCCUACCAGCUGCUAUGGAAGUCUAUUUAAAAGACUUGCCUCCCUGUUACCCAACAUCUCAGCAUGAAACUCAAUUAAAAAAGGCUCUGUAUGCUUUUCACUCAAUGGUAAAGGGUCCUUCUGUGAAGGAAUUUAAAAAAAAAAUUGGAGGAUGAAUGCGUGUCAAUCUGGAAGUCUGGGAGGCAACUA